AUGCAGACCACCGACAAGAUGGGAUCUUGGCUACGCAGAGUCGUGGUUGCCUUGGCCUUGGUGCCCGGUCUCAUUGCAUUUCCUCUCGGGGACUCAUACACCUCCAUGGCAAUCAAUGGACUAUUCGCCAGGCAGUCAAACGAUGACUUUGACCCCGAGGAUCUGUCUUUCAUCACCAAGAUGGCUGCUGUCGGAGAUUCGUACUCUGCGGGCAUAGGCGCCGGCGAGAGACUCGGAGAUAUCAGGCAAGCAUUCAUCGAGGGCAGUGACUACUCGUGCAGUCGCUACGAACACUCCUACCCACAGCUUAUCCACACGGAUGGAAGACUUGGUAACCCUUCAACGCGGUCCUUUCAGUUCAAGUCCUGCUCAGGGGCUGUGGUAAAAGACGUGGUUGAGAAGCAGAUACCCAGCCUCGACUCUUUGCAGCAGGUUAUCCUUCUCUCAGCCGGUGGCAACGACGCCGAACUCACUCAAAUCCUCAACCACUGCGUCUUUCAAUGGGCUUCCUUCACAAGCGCUGGAGCGGAAUUUGCAAAGGCGGCGGCGGAGACGUUGCAGGCUCCUUGGCUAGAAAAGUUGUACCACUGGUUCGACAAUGCGGUAACAUGCGAAGAGCAGCUGGAUCGUAGCGAAGCUAUCAUCAACUCGGACAACUUCCGCGCCAGUCUUGACACUGUUGCUCAAGGGUUGAAAACAAAAUUAGCACCGGGUGGCAUGGUUUACUGGACUGGCUAUGCCAAGUUCUGGGGCGAAGCAUUGACUAGCGAAUGCGAUUCCGUCUCGUGGAUGGCGUGGGCCUUUCAUAGUCUUAUUAUCAGCCAGCCAAAAGCCUACUUGACUAGUGAUCGCCGCAGACGGAUGAAUGUGCUCGUCGAGUUGAUGAAUUCCAAACUGGCUGCUGCUGUUGAACGAGCAGGGUCGAGCUUCGAGUUCGUGGACUACGAUCGCUACCCCGGCCUGGUCAAAGGACGCUUUUGCGAGCCAGGUGUCAAUGAAGCCUCCGGCAGCGGCAUAAACGAAGAGAGAUUCGGUCUCAUGUUCUACGAGAUGAACUCCUUGGAUCCGCUUGGGAACAGCCCUUGGAAACGGAGCCUGGAUCCAUUGUCCGAAGGCACCACUGAGUCUAUCAUGAAUGCGCUCGCUGAGCUGUAUAGUCUUACGGACGACGAAGCCGUCCUUGCCGGGGAACAACAAAUGAGGCUAGCUAGUGCAGAAGAGACGAAAAUCAAUGCCUUGGCGGACGGUCUUGCGAUACCGAAACCACUUCCGGAUGGAUAUGGUCGAGUGUUCCAUCCCACGAUGCUGCUGCAUCAGGUGAUUGCGAACCUGGUCAUCUUCCACAUGAGCAACUGGAACUCCAGGAAUCACAACAUAGAGGGAUUGCCAGAGAUUGUAGAUGUGGAUAUGGGAACCUGCCCUCUGGAGACUAACAGGGGCGUGAUGCGCUACCGAGGUACGGCGCCUGGAAAGGAGGUCAAGCCCGGGACAGAGCUCCGCAUCCUUUGUGCCGGUGACUCCAUCACGGUUGGGUUCCUUAGCGACCAGAACGGCGGAGAUGGCAACGGGUAUCGGCUGAAGCUCAAGCAAGACCUCUCCCGGGACGAGGUCGUCUAUGCUGGAACCGUAUCCGGGGGCUCCAUGCGAGACGGCUACUAUGCAGCCUGGUCUGGAAAGACCAUUCAGUAUAUCGCGGACCACAUCGGUCCUUCGUUGGAGCAGCGGCCAAACAUCAUCCUGCUCCACGCCGGUACAAACGAUAUGAAUCCCAAUUCGGGCAUCUCGACCGAAGGCAACGACCCUGCAGGCGCGGCUGAUCGGCUCGGGAAGUUGAUCGACCAGAUGUUUAAGGCCUGUCCUGAUGCCGUCGUCAUCGUGGCUAUGAUUGUCAACACGUGCGACGAGAACCAAUCACCUCGGACGAAGUCAUACCAGUCCCUGAUCCCGGGAGUGGUGAGCCUGCGCCGCAAUGCUGGCAAGCACGUCUUGGCGGCAGACUUUACCUCAUACCCCCUCAGCUCCCUCCAAGACUGCAUCCACCCGACCAACGAUGGCUACCACCUCUUCGGUGACUAUUGGUAUGAUUUCAUCACACAGAUCCCCAAAGACUGGAUCAACGAUCCAGUCGAACCUCUGACCCGCGGCCGCAAUGGCGGGAUUGACACGAAUAUCCCGCCACCUGACUGGGGCGUCAGCCCCGUGAAGCCCGGGAGAUCAAACGACGUCCGAGUUGCCUACGAAUUUGCGAGCUACGCGGACAGGUCCAGCUGCAAAAUCACUCCCCGUUGGUAUUGGACCGGCGGCUCUAUUGCUCUGGGUGGCGUGGGCCAUAAUGGAGACUGGCAUUAUAACAAAGGAUGGGUGGAGGCGGGACAGGUUGCCAGUGGGCUGAAGCGCGACCCUAAAUACGUGAGGUUGCAUGAUAUGAAUGGAGAUGGGAAAGCUGAUUACGUCUGGCUUGAGCCGGACACGGGCGAGAUCACCUGCUGGAUCAACAACUUGCCCGAGCCUUGGGCCCCGGCGGGAAAUAACGGCGGCGUCAUUGGCAGUGGUGGAGUUGGGCCUGCCGACUCGAUCUACCUUGCUGACAUGAACGGUGACGGUUUGGACGACUACUUGGUUGUUAACCCAGAUAACGGCGCCGUACGGAUCUGGUGGAACUACGGUCCCGACUCCAAUUGGGUUAAUGGAUGGAAAUUUGUCGAGGGCGGCGAAAUAGCCACUGGAGUGCCGCACGCCAACUGGGACACCCUGCGCUUUCCUGACAUCAAUGGCGACGGCCGAGCCGAUUACGUGUAUAUCGGAGAGCACGGAGCUCUGAAACACCACAUGAACACGGGAACAGCUGGGGGACAGGACCCCCUUUUCAUUGCCAUGGGCGGCAUCGCGACGGGUGCGUCAGAAGACAUUUCGGCCAUCGUCUUUGCCGAUAUGGACGGCGAUGGGCGGGACGAUUAUCUCAUUUGGGACGAUGAUGGUGGCUUGACUGGUUAUUUAAACCAGCAAACCAAUAGGGAGGGCGUUCCGUUGUAUAUCGCCCAGGGUCCGCCCAAGACUAUCGCCGAUGGUAUCGGGCAGCGACCCAGUUCAAUCCGCCUGAGUGAUCUUGACGGCGACGGAAAAGACGAUUACGCAUAUGUCGACCAAGACGGCGCGAUUUGGCUUUGGUGGAACCGCGGUACCGCCGAUACGAGUAUGACUAUCGACGGCCUGCGUUUCGCUGACAUCGACGGUGACGGUGUAGACGACUACGUUUGGCUAGAUCCUGUUUCCGGCGCGCCCACUGUUUUUAUCAACAAAGGUUUCAACGCCCUUGACCCCCUCGCCUGGCUGUGGCAACCCCUUAAUGGCGGCAGCCCCAUUGCGUCUGGCGCCGCGCCCGCCGCGCAUGUCAAGUUCGGUGACAUAGAUGGAGACGGCAAAGACGAUUAUGUCGUCCUCGACUCCCAAACAGGCGCACUGGACUUGUACCUGAACAAGGGCGAGGACCGCGAUUUCGUCAACGGCUGGCGCUGGGAGCCCUUUGGGCAGAUCGCGUCAGGCCUGGGUCCUGGUGCCAACGUGCGCAUCGCGGAUAUCGACGGCGAUGGCAAAGACGACUACAUCUUCCUGCACCCCAACGGCGGUCGCACGACCAUCUACCGCAACGUCUUCGACGCCAAGCAGCCGGGCGCGGCACACUGGCGGGCUCUGCCCGAGGCGGACGCUUCAGGGAUCGGGCAGCGGCCCAAGGAGAUUGAGCUGGUCGACGUCAACGGAGAUGGCAAGGCAGACUACGUGUGGACGUCCGCGCUCGACGGCCGCGUAAAAGUCUGGUUCAACGACUACCCGAACCAGCCGACGUGGCUCGCCCAAGGGGAAAUCGCAGGCGGGGUGGGCACCUCGGGCGCCAACGUGCGCUGGGCGGACCUCCAGGGCACCGGGAGGGCGAGCUACAUCGCCGUGGACCCGAACACCGGCGGCCUCGCGGCGUGGCUGAACGGGUGUGACGAUAUGGGUCCCAAGCGCUCGCGGCCCACGCCCGGCAAGAGCAAGCCGGCGCCGCCAAAGGAUUCGCCGUGUUUCAGCGACGAGACUUGUCAGAGCUACGGAUGCCCUGGCGGUGGGGAUGCGCGGUGCACGGCCUCAGGCUGA